UGAGCGCCGGAGGAAGCAAAAUCGAAACUCCUCAAUGAGUUCACCUUCACAGAAAUAGUUUGUCCCUCUUCUCCGCGCGCCUUCUUUUUCUUCUUCUUCUUUUUAUUCUCCGUCGUUUGGUGUCUCGGCACAAUGAACGGCUCCCUGCACUCCGACGUGGUGGACAUUAAGCUGAAGCGAGGACCGGCCGGUUUGGGGUUCAACAUCGUUGGAGGUGUGGACCAGCAGUAUGUGGUGAAUGACAGUGGUAUAUAUGUGUCCAAAAUUAAAGAAGAUGGAGCAGCAGCGUUGGAUGGAAGACUCCAAGAGGGCGACAAGAUACUGGCGAUAAACGGAGUCGUACUGGAGGAUCAAACACACAAAGCUACGGUGGACCUGUUCAGGACUUCAGGGGAGGACGUGGAGCUCCGGGUUCUGAAAAAGUCGCCGCGGCACAUGAACGGACCCACCGGCUCGCAGCCGGAUCAUCAGUCUUCUUUGCCUUAUCUGGGAAUACUGGCAGCGCUAGUGGGGGCUGCCGCCACUGUUGCAUUCAUUUACAUGCGGCGCAAGUAGGAAGCACUUUUAACGGUAGCCGACGACGUCUGUAUUUUAUUUUUAAGAUCAAAAAAGAAAAACGCCAAAGAAUUGAAAGAGGGAACAAAGUCUAAAGCCUAUGUUUUUUGAUUAGCCGUGUCGGUGUCGCUGGUGAGUUUCUCCAUGUACAUGUGUGUUAUGUAAUUAAUGGUAGCUUCUUGACACCCCUCCUAUGCAAAAGGAUGCUCUCCUACCACAGCGUGUGGCUCAGGAGAAGAAGGAAGUGCACAUUACUGCUGCUGGGCAGAAACACACAGCUGCCCGUACACAGAAGUCGCAUGUACAAGUCGGACUGACACAAGCUGAAAGACUGUGUUGUGUUCGGUCACCCGUAGGCCUCGCUGCACCUCCGACGACGUCUGAAUGGCAGAUCUGUCUGAGGGGCAACGUGAGAGGAGCCCACUGUACUUUCGAAAUUCAUGCGACUGGAGUUGAUUUUCAUUUUGCGCUGGUGCACAGAGUCGUGGGGAGGAGCCGCGUCCAGAUGUGCUGCUCACACUGAGCUGUGGGAGCCAAAAAAAAAAAAUGCCUGCGAUGGAAUAUUCGAGUGCCUUUUUCUGUCUAUUCGAAGCAGUGGAGGGGGUCUCUUAGCUCCUUACUCUGACCAAAAUGAAAAUCAACCCACUGCGUCCACAAAUCUUUUUUUUUUUUAUUACUGUAACCUGUAAAAACACCAAAAACGACUAGAAAUUAGCCAAUCACAGUAUUUCAAGAGGGAAAUCUGUAAAAAUGAAUUUGGUUUAGUGUUCAGAAGUGGCUCCAUGAUUUCUUAAAACACCUGGUCACCGUAGUUCUGAAGCAAAAGUUAUUCAAACAGGGGGAAUUUGUUAGGGACUAUUUUCAGCUGCGGAUUAAUACGGUGAGUGUUUCCAGCAGCGGCACGGUGUGUGGGUGGAUUUUAAUAGUUUUUGGAGCUCCGUGGUGUAAAUACUUCUCAGCGCACUUUCAUUGUUUUUGGUUUCUUUACAGGAUUUAUCCAGAGUAAAAAAAAAAACUAAAACUAACACAUAGAUUAUCACUAGACGUGCAAAACAUUCAAAGUACCAACAAGUAGUUUGACUGGAGAGUUUAUUGUAAAAUGUCGUCUGGUGACUCAGGGUGAACCGUCGAUCAUUUCAAACGAAUCAUCCCACCGCUAGAAGACUUAAAACGUUGCGAUCAUGCGUCGAGGCCAGUGCUUGUCAUCACACCGCAGCUCCUGCUCAGUGAUUCGUUGUGAAUAUAUGAAAAGAGUUGUUGAUUUGCGUGAAGGACCAAAAGCAGCUAAGAAAUGAAAUGUUUAUUUUUUUUGUUUUUUUUUUAAUGGCCAAAGAGCAGGUGAAAGAGGUGAAUUGUGUAUGCUGGGUGUUUUUUGUCCACAUCUGUCAGUGUGCAACUAUCACGCAAAAUGUCUCUGACUGCAUGUGGUUCGUUGUCUGUAAAUACGUUUCAUGUCGCUCUGCUGAGUGGGAUUGUGAAUAUGUGCGGUAUGCCAGAAAAGUAGAUCAGAGGCACUAAUAAAUUAUGCAAAUACUGUGUGUUUGACAUCCAGGCACCUAUUAAAAUUCAUGUUGAAUUCA